AUGGAGCCCAAAACGGGACUCCAUACAGUCACUGCCGAAUCUCAAACAGUAGAUCGAGAGCUUCAAAAGUUGUGGGAUGAGGCUCAGAGCGAAUUCCAUAAAAAUACAAACAGAAAACUAGCAUCAAUCCCUCCGAGAAAGAUCGAGGAUGUUUUGGCACAGCUUAAGGAAAAAUUCCAGCCCGAGGAUGGUGUACAACCCAGUCCCAAGCAUAAGAUCAAAGAUGCUAUUGGGAAGAUUCUAGAAUGCAUCCAAUUCCUUGGCGGUCUAGCCGCAGAAGCCGCAUCCACUGUCUUUGCUCCUGCAAAGUUAUGCUUCAAUGCUAUUUCUUUCCUGAUUGAGAUUCCUCAGAAGGUCGCUGAGGUGUAUGAAGGCCUGGGAAACUUGUUCGAAGAGAUUACACACGCUAUGGCUCUUUUGAAUGUUUACAAGGACUAUAAGAAACUUGAUCGGGAACUCAAAGUGGAAUUCACAAGCUCAUGGUUUCAAUACAUCGAUGGUGGCAAACUUGUCAAAGUUAAGACUGUAUUGAAGGUCACUUUCUUGAAAGAUGACUCGGGUGUGAAGGAUGAACUGAGAAACUUCAAAGAAUUAAUUACGAAGCAAAACGAGCUCACGGGGGUGAUCACUUUGAAAACAGUCCUCGAUAAUUCUGCAGGUAUUGAUAAAGUGCUUAAAAGACAGGAUUCAAUUUCCGAAAAGCAAAGUCACAUUGCAGACGGAGUCACGUACGUGAAGGAUGACAUCAAGGCCCAAAAGGAUGAGAAGAUCAUAUCAGAUCGUGUGGAGAAAAUUUCAAGACUCUUGUCGAUACCCCAAGGAUUGGUCAAGUCAAAUGUAGCCAAUGAGGAACUCAAAGAAAUCAGAAAACAAUUUCCAGAAGACGGCUUCAAGUGGCUAUCCAGAGUGAAUGACUACGACGAAUGGCUCAGGCUAUCAUCAGACUCCGCUCCCAGGUCGCCUUUCCGGCUAUUGUUCGUGUCUGGGGCAUUCAAGACCGGGAAGUCCUGCCUCGUGGCAUCAAUAGAAGAGGACCUGAGAAACAAAAAAAUAGCAAACUUGGCCAUUGCAUACCACGCUUUCACAGGGGUGGACAGUAAGAGCACCAAGACUGCAAGCAAAGAUGAUGUGGUCCAUGCUUUGAAAUCAAUGGCCCUGCAAUUGGCAACUCAGAACAAGGCAUACGCAGCCGCACUGUCGCAACUUAAGAAAAAGAUCUUCCGGAUUUCAGAUACACAAGAGUGCUCUGCGGUACAACAAUGGUGGGAUAAGUUGCGAUUCGCUAAAGAUCCUGAGAACCAAGAGCCUUUGAAUAUUUUUCUCCUGCUAGAUGGACUGGAUCAGCUGUCGGAGGAUAAUGCUGAUAAUUUCUUGGAGGUAUUGAGGAAAAGUAGUACUUCGUUGGCAAAGGAAAAUCGACUUCAACUUCGCAUCUUGGUUACUGGAAUUAUUGAUUCCAACAAUCGAAAUUUGCACAUUCGUAUCACCGACCAUACCAUGGAUGAUAUCAAAUCAUUUAUCGAACAAGAGUUGAAAAGACUCCAUUCUCUUCAAGGACAGGAUGUAGAAAUGAAGCGACUUCGUCAAUCUAUUCGUGAGAAACUCCCGAAAGUUGCUGAUGGAUCAUUCUCGAUUAUCACUCAAAAAUUAGCCAGGAUUGUGGAAGCUGUUAAAUCCGACGCAUAUUCAGAUGAUAUUGAAGCAAUUCUGGAUCAGGAUCCAUCCGAAGAUCCGGAUAAAAUGGCACAAAAGAUCAUUACCGAUCUCAACACCUCUCUCAGUGCUCGCGAUAUUAGGCAGUUGAAUGAGAUUCUCGACUGGGCUCUUUUUGGCUACAGAUAUUUCAGCAUUGACCAAAUCAGAGCGGCACUUUGGCUAAAUUCAGGCAAAUUGCCCGUGCAACCUUUGGAGAGAAAGCUGAAGGAAAAGUUUGUCAACGUCUUCACUGAUCUGGAACAUAACACUGUCAGUGUUUAUGAGCCAAUUGUGCGUUUGUUUACAGACUCGGAUUCGAGGCUCACGUCUAUGGGGAAAAUAUCUGCAUAUGACAUCGAAACUGGUAGGAUAAGUAUGACACUAUCUGUACAUAGGGCCGACCUAUAUUCAGUUCAGCGAUUUUUUUGGGAUCUCACAGAGAAGAUUGGAAUUGGGAAAUUUGAUUUCUCCCCUAAUAAUUCCGGCAACGAAAGCAAAAUUGAUAUUAAUUCCACCCCGGUCCAAGCCAAUUUCCACAUAACUGAAAAACUCCUAAAGCUCUUGAAUGAUGAGCCUAAUGAAAUCACCGAACCUCUUGUUGAGUAUGCCCUAGAGUGGCUUCCUCGCCACAUUAGAGAAGUGAAGGAAGCAUUGUUGUCUGAUGAAGGGGAAAUAGAGGGACCUACGAUUCGAGUCAUUGCGAAAAGACUCGUGGAUCUCCUUAGCGAUGUUGAAGCAAUCGAGAGAUUCUGGAAUACCACAGAAAGCAUACAUGAAUCCUGGUGGGAUUCUGACAACGUGAAAAGUAUCCGAGAUUUUAUCAAGGAUGAGAGAACGGUCGCUCAGCUUGAGCCGAGGGAAAGGCGCUGGGUGAAACAGCAUACAAGAGCGAAGGAAAAUGUAGAUUUCUAUAGGCCUAUCACGCUCAUGGUGGCCAAGAAAUGGCUGCGGGAUCCAAGCCGUACCUGUAGCCCUUACCACGCAUAUAAAUGGGUAGACAGUUUUCUCGAUAUAGAAACACUGAGUGACGGCGCCAUUAGAGAUACAAAAACUGACGACUCAAGGUCGGAUUCUACGACAAAAGUGGACUUGAACACUGAAGAAGAUCCAGAAUGCAAAAAGAUUCUAAGCAGAGCGACAUGGGCCCGGAAAUUACUGCACAUGACCGAAGACUCAUUGUGGUACGAGCGUAUCGGCCAAACGUUCUUUCAAGCCAAUAAAUUCACAACGGCGAUUGAGUAUUUCGACAAAGCUAAAAGCUUUCCAUCCUGCCACUGGACGGUGCAUGAAUUUCAGGCAUUGUCAUAUGCCGAGUUGAAUGAGCUAUCUGAUGAAUCUUGGAUGGAGUGUGCCUCCUCUGAGAUGGAAUUGGCUGUCAAAGCACUGAAAUCGAUGCAAAUGGAAAAUAAUCCGCCAGGGGAGACCCUGAGCCUUAGCGAGGCACUAGUUCGAACCUUGACAAAAUUCGCGUUGUGGCAGAAAAAUGUGGGAAAGAUCGAUGGAGCAAUUGCCCUCUACAAGGAAAUUCUCGAAUUCAAUCCUCAGGAGCACAGAAUUCGUUCAGACCUUAUUAAGAUUCUUUGCAAUGAAGAAAAAGAUGACGAGGCAAGCAGCGUGAUAUUUGAAUUCAAAAACUGGGUUUGGGACUCUCAACAACAGCCUGAUAUAAGAAUAUUCUCCGAAUUCCUUCUUGAUAUAGCUAAGAACUUGGGCGAUAGUGACACAAUAUACAGUCAAAAUCCUCUAGAUUUUGUCAUCAAUCUAGCACGUUCUAACACGGUAUGGAGCGAACUUGUACUUGAAGCACUCGUCAGGGCGGCAACUAGCGCAGAAAACGAAUUAGAUCGUGCAGUCUUGCUCGUUUACCAGGGUCUCUUGAUUGCCGGAAACGAAGAAACGAACGUAGAACAACUUCAACGCUCACUCAUGCUUUGGAAUGAUUGCAGACGCAUCCUAAAUCUUUCAUCCGAUCAAUCUUCAACUCUUUUUAAAUGGCAUGUCACUACUGGGAGGUAUCAAAUCAUGGCGCAUUGCCAACUUGCUAUCAAAACUAGACAAAACAAUCCCCAUUUACUUAACGAACAACAAUUAAUCUAUAAACUAGAAGCAGAAAGAGACGAUUCUCCCAUUGAUUUUACUUGGGAAUGGAAAGUGUUGUUGGGAGUCUUCAUAAAGCCGCUUCUUGCAUCAUACUACUCACAGUUCAAGGACUUCGCCAAGGCACGAAACAUAUUCAGAAACAAUAUGGUCACUGCGAUAGCUAUAUUAGAAGAUGAUGAUCCAGAUAAUGACGACAUCGGGUAUAAAAGUCUGGCAUGGACCCUUAGUUAUACCGGAGAUGAUCAAAAUGCGCUCAGUGUUUGGUCUUUAAUGUGUCCAAUAGAUCCUAUGAUACGGAAUAACGACGGUGGGGACGAUCAAGAGGACUAUUCUAUUAAAAGCAUCAAAAGUGAUCCAAUAGACCUGUCAUGUGAAGGUGUAUGCGGGAAAACGUGGACAUACGCAGAUGACUUCUAUGUAUGCAGAUCAUGCUAUAAGAUAGCAUUUUGUAGCAAUUGUUUGGAAAAGCUAAGAAAACCGCUUGGCCAGAUGGACUUGUCGUCCGGAGCAUAG